UUAUGAUACAGUAAAGAUUAUUACGUAAACAUAUUUUGAACAAGACCAUGCUGUAGAGUGUACAAUAUAGACAUUCUGGGAAGCGCAUAGUGAGUGUAAAAUAAAUUAUGAAGCUGAAGGUGGAUGUGUACAUGCUUUCUACAAUGCUUUUGUUGCUGCUUCGAAUAUCUGACGCUGGGAGGGUUCAAGCAGCAGUGAGCUUUCUAGCUAACUCAACAUAUCAAGAAAUUGAAAUAAAAGGAGAAUCGAGUCUCUCUCUUCGUGAUAUUUUGCCCGUGAAAGCCAAGUAUUAUGAUAAAAACAGAGCACCUAAACUUCUUGGUCAACCGACUAUUGUCUACUUCCAUGUCACCGUUCUGUCUCUGGAUUCUAUUAAUGAGGAAAGUAUGACUUACGUUGCCGACAUAUUCUUGGCCCAAUCAUGGCGAGAUCCUAGGCUUAGAUUACCAGAAAAUAUGCAUGAAGAAUACCGGAUACUUGAUGUAGCAUGGUUGAACAAUAUCUGGAGACCAGACUGUUUCUUCAAGAACGCGAAGAAGGUCACUUUUCACGAAAUGAGUAUACCAAAUCAUUACUUAUGGUUGUACCAUGAUAAAACCUUGCUAUAUAUGUCCAAGCUGACGUUAGUUCUAUCGUGCGCGAUGAAGUUUGAGUCAUAUCCUCAUGAUACUCAGAGCUGUUCUAUGAUGAUUGAGAGCCUUUCUCAUACAGUGCAUGAUUUGGUGUUUAUUUGGAACGUGACUGACCCACUGGUAGUCAACCCGGAAAUCGAACUGCCACAACUUGACAUCUCCAACAAUUACACUUCGGAUUGCACCAUUGAGUAUUCUACCGGUAACUUCACCUGCUUGGCUGUUGUGUUCAACCUGCGUCGACGCCUAGGAUACCACCUUUUCCACACAUACAUACCAUCAGCUCUGAUCGUGGUAAUGUCGUGGAUAUCAUUCUGGAUCAAACCUGAAGCUAUUCCAGCCAGAGUUACUUUAGGCGUAACAUCACUUUUAACCUUAGCAACUCAAAACACACAGUCACAACAAAGCCUCCCCCCAGUAUCUUACGUUAAAGCUAUAGACGUUUGGAUGUCAUCAUGUUCGGUAUUUGUGUUUCUGUCACUCUUUGAGUUCGCUGUGGUCAAUAAUUACAUGGGACCGGUGGCUACCAAAGCUAUGAAGGGGUAUUCUGAUGAAGAUCUUUCCAGAGAUUUGGAUGCUUUCAAGCACAUAUUCCCGAACACAGUGGAUCCCCGUGAAAGUGCAUCGGCCUCACUCCCUCAGUACGAAACCUUCUGCAACGGAAGAGAGACAGCAGUAUACAUCGACAGAUUCUCUAGAUUCUUCUUUCCUUUUUCAUUCUUCAUACUGAAUGUUGUUUACUGGUCAACAUUCCUGUAGUGUUUAACUACAAUUUCCAAAUAUUAACACAAAUUAUUGUCACAUAAAAGUAAUGUAAGUAAUGGACAUGGUUUUACAGUGGCUUUGUCUAAUAUAUGUUCCCUAUAUUUUGCAAUUAAUUAACAUUCUGAUACGGUCUCUCUAUUAUACCUAGGUCUGUACUUAAACAAAAAAGUAAAUUUUUUAUCAGAUUUAGAUCAAAUUUUCACUACCAGAAGCGUUGUAGAGAUUUUUGUUGAAAUUAUACAACUAUAUUUUUUUGAUUUUAUUAAGGGGAAAAUAUUAUUUUUACCACAUCUCCGCCGAAAGUUACCUUUUUUUAGUAAACUUUCCCCAAAACCCAAUGCGUUGUGGUUAUAACGUAAAUUGAAUAGGUAAUAAAAAAUCAUAUAUCCAAAGAGUAGAUCUUUCAGACUAUACUAUGAGAAUAGAUUCAAAUGUUGUGAGCCUUCUUGAGUGUAAAUUCCGCUAAGAUUUGUCUUCAACGACACGUGUUUCGCAUCCUCACAUCCUCAGGAGAUGUUGCCAAAGUUGUCUCGUGCCAGGAUUUCCUAAAUAAAACUAAAACACCUAAUUCAAUAAAUUAUCAGAAUAGAGGCAAAAUAUUUUUGUAAGUCCUAUGACAGUUAACUUAAAAAAUACGCACAUUCCAUUUUCAAAUCUCAGGGUAACAAUCUCGCACUGCGAUAGGGUCGAUGACAAUAUAUCACACAACAUUUUUUGCCUAUAUAGGCUAAUUCCACAAAUUAUUCCUGUAAAAGCAACAUUAUAUGGUAAUCCAUAACAUGAAACUACUUCUCACAUAUGUGUAUUUAGUGGAAUAGCUAGCGAAUCUGAAUCAAACAAAACAACCUUUUGUGAAUAACUGUUAUACAUUUAGCUUCUUUUAAAACUAUGUUUACUUAGGUUUACCUGUGUGUUGGUUAAUUUUGAUGUGAAAAACAUUAUGCUGUUCAAUUUUUUACUCUGCCAUCUGAAAUAAAAUUAUGUUAACGGAU